AUGGCAGAGUCACAGAGUGGUUCGGGAACUAGGCGUAGUAAAGGUGCCAAUGCUGCAAAGCGAGCCAUUGCAGGAGCGACAACGCAAGAUGUAUCGGUUGUAGCGCCUUGUGGGGCAUGUAAAUUCUUGAGGAGGAAGUGUAGUGGUGGAUGCAUUUUUGCACCUUACUUUGGUACAGAUCAAGGUGCAGCCAGGUUUGCGGCUGUGCACAAGGUGUUUGGUGCUAGCAAUGUGUCAAAGCUUUUGUUCAAUAUUCCGACUGAACACCGCCAAGAAGCAGCGGCGACUAUAUCCUAUGAGGCUCAAGCUAGGCUAUCGGAUCCGGUUUAUGGUUGUGUGUCCACUAUUCUUGCUUUACAGCAACAGGUGGCAGCAAUGCAAGCAGAAGUUUCUAUGAUGCAAUCUCAACUGAUGAAUAGCCGAUAUGCGUAUGCAAGUACUCUUCAAACCACACACCAGCAGCAGCAACAAAUACUACAGCAAUCAAACUUCAAUGUAUCUGUGCAACCGGCAUACUCCAACAAUUCAUCAGCUUCAACCAACAACCUUGUGAACAUGAACAAUUUCAACCAUGGUUUUGACCUCACAAUGGAGACGGCACCUUCCUCUCACAGCUUAGAGCCUUUUCAAAACUCAAGGUUGUCACAUUAUGAGGAUGAUGAUUAA